AUGAUUAUUUCGUCUUCACGAGCCGCUCUCUCCGCCUCUCUCAAUCACUCCUCAUUCCCUUCCAUCCACCAUCACGAAGCUUCCUCGAAGUCAUCUGCCGCGGUCUCACGGUUAUCGUCACCCUUCACCCCACCGCUCCGCACCCCUCAUUACCUCUCUAGCUCUACCCACUACCGCCCUAUCGCUCUCUCCUCGCGGCUCGGCGGGAUCUGGUCUACGGCGCGCCUAGUACCGAGGCGCGCAAGGGCGGCGCGAUGCGGCGCGACGGGCGGGGAGGAGCAAGGCGGCGCUUGCGAGCGGUUCGUGGUGACGACGCCGCUGUACUAUGUGAACGCGGCGCCGCACAUGGGAUCCGCUUACCCCACCAUCGCGGCGGAUGCACUAGCGCGGUUCCAGCGCCUGCAAGGCAAGGAGGUUACAUUCGUCACGGGCACGGACGAGCAUGGGGAGAAGAUCGCCCUGGCAGCGGCUAAGAAUGGGCGCACCCCGCAGGAGCACUGCGACGCCGUGGCUGAGGGGUACAAGCAGCUGUGGCGCAAGCUGGACAUUGCCUAUGAUCGAUUCAUCCGCACCACCUCGCCCCGCCACGAGGCAGUGGUGCGGCAGUUCUACGAUCGAGUCAAGGCGAAGGGGGAUGUGUACCGGGCUCAGUAUGAGGGGCGCUACUGCAUUGCCUGUGAGGAGUAUAAGGACGAGAAGGAGUUGGUAGAUGGUACCACGUGUCCCACCCAUCUCACACCCUGCGAGCACCGCAGCGAGGACAACCUCUUCUUUGCGCUCUCCUCACACCAACACGAUUUGGAGCAGCUGUUUCAGGACAGGCCUGACUUUGUGCAGCCGAGCUUCAGAAAGAACGAGGUGCUGGCGUGGGUGGCGGAGGGAGCGAGGGAUUUCAGCAUCAGCCGAGCGGCAGUGGCAUGGGGCAUUCCCGUUCCGGACGUGCCAGAGCAGACCAUCUACGUGUGGUUCGACGCUCUUCUGGGGUACAUCUCAGCGCUGUUGGAGGAGGGCGACGAGCCAAGCCUGGACACGGCAGUCUCCAGGGGGUGGCCCGCAUCCGUGCACAUCAUUGGCAAGGACAUUCUGCGAUUCCACGCAGUCUACUGGCCAGCCAUGCUCAUGUCUGCUGGCCUGCCGACCCCCACCACUGUCUUUGGCCACGGCUUCCUCACCAAGGACGGCCACAAGAUGGGCAAGUCCCUUGGGAAUACCAUCGACCCUGACGAGCUGGUAACAACGUUUGGUGCCGAUGCCGUGCGAUACGUCUUCCUGCGGGAGAUUGAAUUCGGCAGCGAUGGGGACUUCUCUAAAGAGCGAUUCAUUAACAUUGUCAAUGCCAACCUCGCAAACACCAUUGGCAACCUGGUAAACCGCACGUUGGGUCUGCUCAAGAAGAACUGCAGCAGCACCCUGAGCAUCGACUCCGCUGCCCUGCCCCUCGACCACCCUCUCCGCACCACCACUGCUGCAUCUAUGGAAACAGCAGCAGCGUGCUAUGCUGCUCUAGACUUCAGUGGCGCAUGUGAGGCGAUUCUGGCGCCAGCAGCAGCAGGGAAUGGGUUUUUGGAGGAAAGAGCACCGUGGAGCAAGUUCAAGAAGGGAGGGGCAGAUGCGGAAGAGGCAGCUGCGGACCUGGUGGCAGUGUUGGAGACGGCUCGCUGUGUGGCAGUGGCUCUCGCCCCCAUCACGCCCACGCUCUCUCAAAACAUUUACUUGCAACUGGGCUUCACUGCAGAGCAGUUUUCCGCCAUCCAAUGGGCUGACACGCAUUGGGGUGGGCUGAAGGCAGGGCAGAAAACAGCAGAGCCAGCGCCCGUGUUCGCAAGAAUAGAGCAGGAGGAGGGGGCAGAGGCAGGGGUGCAGGCUGCGGAUGACAUUGCUCGGACGGGCUCGGGGAAGGUCGCAUCGGGGGGAGCAAACGCGUCACCUUCCACGGUGCCGCUGGGAUCGCAGGAAAAGCAGGCUCUAUUCAUCCAGAGGCGGCAAGCGCUGCUCGACCUAGUCGACUUCGUUGGUCGCGGAGAAGUGAAAGUCAACGAGGCGAUUCUCAAAGGCAUCACGCGCACGGUUACAUUCUUCCGGCCGUUACCGCCGUCCGCGCACGCGAUGUCCGGGCCUACUACGGAUGCCACGUGGCCGCGCCUGAUACUAAUCUACGUGUACCUGGCUGGGUAUGUCGCGACGCGUUACAUCGACCGCAAGUUCAUCUUAAAGCUGCUGAACCUGUUCGACGCGGAGGACCCGCGCGAGCGGGAGUUUUUGAAGGCUAUUCUUCACCGGAUUUACAAGAGGUUCAAGGUUCACCGGCCGUUUAUCUGCGAAGCAAUUGGCAACACAAUCUACCAGUUUAUUGAGUCGGAGCGGCACAACGGCAUUGCGGAUCUUCUGGAGGUUCUAGGGGGUAUAAUUAACGGAUUUAAGCUGCCGCUUAAGGAGGAGUAUAAGCAGUUUCUAGACCGAGUGCUGGUUCCGCUGCACAAGCCUAAGUGCGUAUCGAUGUACCACGAGCAGCUGUCGUACUGCAUCACUCAGUUCGUGGAAAAAGACCCGAAGCUCGCGGAUUUGGUGUUGCGCGGAUUGCUUAAGUUCUGGCCCUUAACUAACAGCCAGAAUGAGCUGCUUUUCCUGGAGGAGUUGGAGAAGGUUCUGGAGCUCACGCAGGCACCCGAGUUUCAGAUGGUCAUGACGCCGCUGUUCCAGCAGAUCGCGCGCUGCCUCAGCUCCUCGCACUUAGAGGUGGUGGAGCGCACACUGCGCCUGUGGGACAACGACUACAUUGUGGCGCUCGUGGCUCAGAACCGCACCACCAUCCUGCCGCUCAUCUUCGCUGCUCUCGAGCGCAACGCGAGAAGAUGCGACGAGGAGAUUCUGGUAUGA